AUGAAACAUUUAACUAUCAAGCCUUCUAGCUCAGGCGCUCCGGUCAAGGAUCAAACUUCCGUGCCCUCUGCCCUCCCAGAUGCCAAGGAGACGAAGAUACAUCCUACAAAUGCGCCGUCAGAUUCUACAAACGCAUCGCUCUUCUUUGUCGGCACCGCUACGACGAUAAUCGAAUGGGCUGGCCUGCGCAUCCUUACAGACCCCAACUUCCUCCACGCCGGUGAUCAUGUGCAUCUGGGUCCUGGUGUCUCUGGCACCCGUCGUACCAACCCAGCCAUCGACUUGGAAGAAUUACCUCGUAUCGACGUCAUCUUCCUAUCGCAUUACCAUGAAGACCACUUCGAUAGAGAAGUCGAGGAGAAACUGGCGAAGAGCAUCCCCAUCAUUACGACGCCACAUGCAAAGGAGUGUUUGACGAGCAAAGGCGAGGAUAGCUUCACGAACGUCCACGCGCUGGACUUUUGGGAGACGUUGGUAUUGGAAGUUGAAGGCGAGGAGCAAAAGGGGAAGAAACCAGGCCUCAAGAUCACCGGAGUGCCAGGCAAGCAUGUUCCACCGGGACCUUUGAACGUAGCGAAUGACAUACUUGGAGCCGUACCGCCGACGAAUGGGUGGAUGAUUGAACUGGGCUACUCAGCUCCAGUAUCUGACGACUCCUUCGAGAACGGAUAUAGGAUCUACAUCUCAGGCGACACGCUGAUGGUCGACGAGCUCAAGGAGAUUCCCGAGCGGUACAAGGACCAGAAUAUCGACCUCAUGCUGGUCCAUCUGGGUGGCACGACGAUUCCAGGGCCGAAGAUGCCGUUGCUGAUGGUUACCAUGGAUGCAAAGCAGGGAGUACAGCUCAUGCAGCUGAUCAAUCCCGACCUUACGAUCCCGAUCCAUUACGACGACUAUGAUGUGUUCUUGAGUCCGUUGUACGACUUCAAAAAGGCGGUGCAUGCGGCGGGGUUGGACUCCAAGGUGGUGUAUCUAGAUCGGAAAGAUCAGUUCAAGUUCAAUGUUAGACAAGGGAAGAAAGUGGAGGCCUUGUAG